UGAUAUCCCGACGUCGAUCGACGAGUGAAUAGGCUUCACCUACGAUUUUCGAAAGUCAAUUCCGCCUCUGAUCGCCGCAUCCUUGCUUUUCUGUUCGUAGCAAAGCAUUAGGGACAUCCUCUUUCCGGAUCCUCAUCUCGCGUCGAGCCUGUCGACUCUACAACCGAUCGCCAGUUCCCCACCAGCUAUCGCCCAACACGGCCCGCAACGACUUACCCUCGAUUCUCUUUUGCGACCGCCUACCAGUCUCAUUGACUGUCUCGACCGGUAGCACGGCCUCGGUCCGCAUUUCUUGAGCAUGGCGUCGAAUCGCCCAGCGGCUUUCAAUACCCUGCGGAUGGGAGAGGUGAUCCGCGAGAAGGUACAAGAUGGCGUGACGGGUGAGACGAGGGAGAUCCAGUACACACAAUGCAAGAUUGUGGGCAACGGGUCCUUUGGCGUCGUCUUUCAGACAAAGCUGUCGCCAUCAAAUGAAGAUGCGGCCAUAAAGCGCGUCUUGCAGGAUAAGAGGUUCAAGAACCGCGAACUCCAAAUCAUGCGGAUCGUACGACACCCCAAUAUCGUACAGCUCAAGGCGUUCUAUUACUCCAAUGGCGAGCGCAAAGACGAGGUUUACCUCAACUUGGUGCAAGAGUUUGUGCCCGAAACCGUCUACAGAGCCUCGAGGUUCUUCAACAAGAUGAAGACAACCAUGCCGAUCCUCGAGGUCAAGCUCUACAUCUACCAGCUUUUCAGAGCGCUGGCAUACAUCCACUCACAAGGAAUCUGCCACCGUGACAUCAAGCCGCAAAAUCUGCUUCUCGACCCAAGCACCGGUGUCCUGAAGUUGUGCGACUUUGGCAGCGCAAAAAUCCUUGUCGAGAACGAGCCAAAUGUAUCGUACAUUUGCUCGCGGUACUACAGGGCACCCGAGCUGAUCUUUGGCGCAACCAACUACACAACAAAGAUCGAUGUUUGGUCGACUGGGUGUGUCAUGGCUGAACUGAUGCUCGGACAACCACUCUUCCCUGGCGAAUCGGGCAUAGACCAGCUGGUUGAGAUUAUCAAGGUUCUGGGAACCCCGACCCGAGAGCAGAUUCGAACUAUGAAUCCGAACUACAUGGAGCACAAGUUCCCUCAGAUCAAGCCUCACCCUUUUAACAAGGUGUUCCGGAAGGCAGAUUCGAACGCCAUCGAUCUCAUCGCCAAGCUCCUCGAGUACACUCCCACUGAACGUCUCAGUGCCAUUGAGGCCAUGGUUGAGCCGUUCUUUGACGAACUCCGCGACCCUGAAACCAAGUUCCCCGACUCGAGGCAGCAGACUGGGGAGCUCAAGGAUCUCCCACCUUUGUUUGAUUUCUCACUUCAUGAGCUGUCAAUCAACCCCGCAGAUAACUACAAACUUGUGCCGCCACAUAUGAGGCCGGUGCUGGCAGAGCGUGGACUUGACAUUGAUAACUUGACGCCCAUGGAUAAAAGCGAGAUGUGGGCGAAACUCGACUGAAAACUGGGUGGUGCUUCCGAGUUUGCCUCCGACGAUUUACGACUACGAUGUCAGAUUUGUGGACGAUUUGAGCUGGACCUCGACAGUAGAGCAUUACUUACAUUCUCCGGAGGUGGCGGGUAUUGUUCAUACAUACUGUCGACGGCUUGAGGGCAUUCGAAAUACCCGCUGGAACAGGGUGCAUAAUUCAACGAGACGACAAGAUUUCGGCCCACAAAGUGUCCCGUGUCACAGACGAUGCCGUCAGGUCACCCCGAGCGAAACGGGUGCGGGAAUUGGGGAAAGGC